AUUGUGUUCAGAUAUAAACAAAUAUAAAUAAUUAAAAAACGUUACAUUAUUAAAAAAUGAUCUUAUUAAAGGUGAGUUGGUACCAAGACUCCUUCAUUUUGCAACCAACAGACAGAAGAACGAUGUCGCAAAACGGCCCAACUCAUUCCCUUCUAAUCAAAAACAUCCAACUCUCCGAUUUCGGCAAUUACAGCUGCUUAGUUGCAAAUUCAAUCGGGAGGGAAAAGAAAUACAUCGAAUUGAGCGGGAAACCCGGCCCCCCUCAAAUAACAAGCCCAGGGUACUCAAAUCCAUUCGAGUACAACCUCACGUGGAGUGUCCAAAGCGUUUUCCCCAUAUUGGAGGUUCGAAUAUUGUAUAGAAGAAUCCUUAUAAACUCCUCGUAUCACCACCCAGGGCAAUGGCACGAUUUGUUGGUGAAACCGCGCCAAAUCUACCACAUUUCAACGAGCGAAAGGCACCAAUCCUAUUCGAUAAAAAGUUUAUCCCCGGAUUCGGUUUACGAAUGUUUGGUCCAAGCGAAAAAUCAACACGGUUUCGGGGAGCUCUCCGAUUUACACCAAUGGUUUUCAUCGCAAAAAGGGCGCCCCUUGGUUCACUUGACGUCACAACAAAGUUGGAUUCAUGAUGGGAAAAGAGCCCGAUUCGAUUGCCUUAUAUUGAUAGUGGUGUGGAAUUAUUACUUCUAAAUCGAUCGGUUCAAAUUGUUUAAUUUUUAAGGUUUAUUGUAAAGAUUAAUAAAAAAAUAACG